ACUACCUGGUUCAAUGUGAAGACGUAUGUGUGACACAAAACAUAGGCAUAAACAUAGCUACCAAGAAAUUUACACCGAUCUGUAUAGUGGUGAUCGUUCAAAAGAGAUCUUUCGACUGAUAAAACAGCAUUUUUAAGUAGCAGCAUGGGAUGUUGUAACAGUAAAACAGUUUCUGAUAAAUAUAAAAGCCGUGAAAUUAAACAAAAUGAGAAAGGGAAAUCCGAGUUUGGAGAGAUUGAUGACUACGCUAGAAAGGCACCCGAAGAACUAAAAACUUCUGCUGAGGCACUUGUACAAUACAUGCUGUCGAAAACAAAAGACCACAGACAGCUUGUUCGAGGAUUUUUUGUCUGGAUCGCAGAAAAUAUUGAGUAUGACAUCGAAGGUUUACUUGGCCAAAGACCACGAACACCAACUGACGUUUCAUCCGUCAUGAAAAAUGGACUGAGCGUCUGCGAAGGUUACGCAAGUGUUAUGGAAACUUUAUGUAGCUCUGCAGGCAGAGAAGUAAAGAAACUAUCAGGGUUUUCAAAGGGACUUCGGUAUAGUACUGAUAAGAAAAUAACGACUUCAUCAGCAACAGACCACGCCUGGAAUGCCGUGCGUCUUGACGGGAAGUGGUUUUUAUUGGACAGCACAUGGGGCGCUGGUUAUUCGGACGGGCGGAAAUUUAUUAAAGCGUUCAAUGAAUUCUUCUUUUUGACCGACCCGGACAAGUUUGUUAACGAUCAUUUUCCUUACAUGAAUCAUAAUAUGUCUGAAAGCAUGAAAUGGCAACUACUGAAGAACCCAAUCUCGCUUGAGGAUUUCAACAACAAUGUUCAGCUCAAAUCACAUGCCUUUCUUUUAAAUGUGACACCUGUAAGUCACAAACGGGGACAUAUUGUAAUGAAUGAUGAAAUACAGCUGACAUUCAAAAGCCAAAAUAUUCUGAGGUUCAGCGCAAGUCUGUCGCAUUUUGAUGGAAACUUUAUCCGCGAAAUGCUCAAUUCAACAUUUGUCAAUAGUAAGAGUGGAGUGAGUUUUAUUACGGUUCAUCCACGUAUUAUCGGGAAAUAUAGACUCGACAUUUUUGCACAACACCGUACCGACGAAGGGUCGUUACAUCAAGUUGCUGUUUAUAGCAUUCAAUGUGAUAGUGUCAAGGACACGACGUUCGAAUUUCCAAAGGUUUUCAAAUCCGACUACACUGAUGAGUGUCAGAUUAUCCAACCCAGGAGCGCUCGACUUCUGGCUAACAGUGAAGUCGUAUUUAAAAUAAAUGCUCCACAUUUAAAUUCCAUCAGUGUUAACGAUGAAAUGUUGCAAGGAAAGGGAGGAAUAUUCCGUGGUACAAUAAAAACACAUAAAGAGGGUGUAGCAUACAUUGUGAAUGCAGUAUUUCGCGAAGGUUUGACGACACAUUUUCGUGGAAUGUUUCAGUUUUAAACAUGUUAGUGAUUGAACAUGUGGUAGUGUGAAUUUUGUGAACAGUGUGUGCAAAUUAAAACCUAAAACGAUAACACGAUCUUAAACUGAAGGCUAGAUUUAACUUUACUGGUAAGCAGUUGUUCACCACUAGUGCCUGUGCCCGAAACACUUUAAGCAGGUGCGCGUUUCAUUGCUAAGAAUAUGAUAAACAUAAAUUGACUGCCAUUUUGUUUUAUCGAGUCCAUCGAAGAAGCGUGGAUUUAGGGGCGGUAGCCCACAAAACUAAGUAAUUAUAUAAGAUAAAAAGGAUUUUAAAAACGAUUUUAAACAGGAUUUUACUUACUUUAUCAUUAAAAAGAUCAAGACUGGUGUCUGCGUCUUCAUUAUUUGCACAUGACACCGGCUCGACCGGCUUCCAACUUAGACAGUCACACAUGGCUCAUUAAUUGUAGUAAUGCGUGAAACUUUUCACGAACUUGCUGGUACUUUUUCCAUAUCACGUAAAUAAAUAUUUACUAUUUAUUCAGCCGUUUGAUAAUGCUUUCAAUCCUUGAGUCUAAACAUCGAUAAACAUUUGCAUGUAAUCAAUUACCUUUUCCGUCUCUACACGAGCCAAAAUAAGAUUCCUUUAUGCAGAAAACUAUCCGACUCUAGAUCUAUAACUGAACAAUCAUUAUAUAGCAUAGAUAGUGUUACCGAAUAGUCCGAGCUAUACCCAAGUGUCGGCGUCAGCGUUAUGCUUAUGUUAAACGUGCAAUCUAUUUUUAUUAUUGUUUCUUCUGCAAGUAUUCAAUUGAAACUUCAUACAUAUAUGUUCAGGGUCAUUGUUACUGUAGUUCCAUACCUAUGACAUGCAAUUAAGAAGAAUUAUGCAAUUUGUUCAUACUUACACAAAAAUGGUUAUGGUUAAUUUGCAAUAUCUCAUGGUUAGUGUGUAUAUCACAUGUAUGCAAAUUAAACUUCACAAACGUGUUCAGGGUCAUUGUGUGAGGUAAUUGACCAUAUUCCAUAUCUUAGAUCUGCACUUACGUAGAAUUGCAUCUCGUUUUGCGCGUAGAAAAGUGUUAAUUGUAAUAAUGCAGCAUCUUUAUAUCACAGUUCUUACUAUUUAAGUAGGUAUUCAAUAUAAACUUCACACAUUUGUUUGGGGGUUAUUCCGUGAGGCAACUGACCAAGUUCCAUAACUGUGACUGACUUCUAAUUUACUAGAUUGAUGCCCAUUUAUGUAUUUUUGUUUUUCAUUAGAUUGCAACUCCUCAAUAACUCCAUAUUUAUAUUAUGAUUCACUGACUGCUUCCUUUAACUUUAACCAUGUAGUCGACAUUAUUACGCCCUAUUUAGUGCGUAUUAGCGAUUAUUUAAAGUUUGCCUGGAUUUUAUCAUUUGCGUGCAACAGGUUUUCUGUAACUAUUACAGAUAUUCAAUUGACUCUUCAUGUUUUGGAGUUCAUAAUGCGAUAUCACUACCAAGUUUAAUAACUUUUAACUGCAGUUCAGCAGAAAUAUGCCCUUUUUCUCAGAAAAAUCAGUUGAAGGUAUGCGUCUUUUCUGAAAUGACGACCUAGGAUAAGAUUGCAUUUGGGUCCGUCGACAUAAGGUAAACAUGCGAAAACAAAUCAGUAAUAAUGGGGAUAGUGUACAUUUUUUUCAUCGAUAACUUAAGUCUGGAUGGAAAGUUUAUGCUUUAAGUUUGUAAGUAGGAAGCUCAAAUGCAAACCUAGGUUUUGAAUGUAGUAGGCACCAGUUAUUUGACGCUAUGUGAAUAAAUGAAGCGAUUCGGCUUAUAGUUGUUUGUGUUUUGCUUUAUACUGCAUUGGACAAUAACAACUAUUUUGCUCUUUUUUGCAUUCAACCAGUGAGAAGAUGAAUGACAAUUACAUGGCAAUAAUUUCAAUUUCUCAAUAAGUAUUCUUUAUGUCCAUGAUUCCUUAAAACAAUCAAGGGUAAGGUAUAAGGGUGAAAGAAUCAAAUUAUACCAAGUGUAAACUUUGCAAUGAUGGUAACUGCAUUUUAGUGUCCUAUUUGUGGAGCUGACUUUGUUUGUUAUGUGUUGUUAGAUACGGUUAUCGCAUGUGUUGUGUAUUAAUAUAUGUUUUUUUACUUCAAAAACGUGACUUUGAGACUCGUGA